GGAUAUGACGCUUUGACAGCGUCAAACAUUAGAGGCAGCUUUGGUGUGGUUGUUGUAGCUGUCUUGUCAGACGAAAAUAAACCAUAUUUAUGUAGCUACCAGUAUUCUAUAUAUUUUAGCCAUUUUCAAAACCUUGGGGUUCAAUUUGUGUUUCAGUCCGUGGGUGCGGUUCUACACUUUUUUUGUCGUAUUUUUCUUUCCCAAUCAACAGUGCAACAGAAUGAGUCUGCACGAGAUAAGUGAAAACGUGAAACUUGCUCGAGAGUACGCCUUACUUGGGAACUACAGUUCUGCUAUUGUUUGCUAUCAGGGAGUACUUGAACAAAUUAAGAAACACCUUUUUACAUUACGGGAUAGUAGCUUCCAACAAAGAUGGCAAAAGGUAUGGCAAGAGAUAAACGAAGAAAACAAACAGGUUGAAGAAAUAAUGACAACUCUAGAAAAUUUUAAACCACCAAGUAAUAAAGAUGGCAUUAGUGACAUAUGGCCCGUACAAGUAGAAUGCAGCUCCUCACCUCUUCCGGUUAGGGGGCCCCCGGUUCCCUACAAAGAGAGUAAACAUCACAACAACCGCCUGUAUGUGGCUGGUGUGCGGGCUCCGCAUCGCCAGUCAACACGCGGGCCCAAUGGUGACAGAGCCAAACCUUUGAAGAGCAAGGAAAAGAAAGAGGCCCUAGCCACACCAAAAGACGACAAGAACAAAUUGGAAGUUUCUGAGAAAGAUGUGAAGAAGUUUGAUGGGCAAGGAUAUGACAAAGACCUUAUUGAGGCCCUGGAGAGAGACAUCAUAUCACAGAACCCCAAUGUUAAAUGGGAUGAUAUUGCAGAUUUGGAAGAAGCAAAAAAGCUUUUAAAAGAAGCUGUUGUGCUACCCAUGUGGAUGCCAGAGUUUUUCAAAGGCAUACGAAGACCAUGGAAGGGUGUGCUGUUGGUGGGUCCUCCAGGCACAGGAAAGACUCUUCUGGCCAAAGCCGUUGCGACAGAGUGCAGAACCACAUUCUUCAAUGUUUCAUCUUCUACUCUCACUUCCAAGUACAGAGGGGAGUCUGAAAAACUGGUCCGCCUUCUAUUUGAAAUGGCCCGGUUCUGUGCUCCCACCACCAUAUUCAUCGAUGAGGUUGACUCCAUGUGUAGCCGCAGAGGAACGUCAGAGGAACAUGAGGCUAGCCGACGGGUGAAGGCAGAGCUGUUGGUCCAGAUGGAUGGUGUGGGAGGAGCAUCCGAGAAUGAGGAUCCCUCUAAAUUGGUGAUGGUGCUGGCAGCCACUAACUUCCCCUGGGACAUUGAUGAGGCUCUGAGGCGACGUCUGGAGAAAAGAAUCUACAUCCCUCUGCCUUCAGCCAAGGGCAGAGUGGAGCUGCUGAAGAUAAACCUAAAGGAGCUGGAGCUGGCCAAUGAUGUGGACAUGGCCAAGAUAGCAGAGCAGAUGGAGGGCUACUCAGGAGCAGACAUCACCAACGUGUGCAGGGACGCCUCUCUGAUGGCCAUGCGGCGAAGGAUCGAGGGGCUGACGCCAGAGGAGAUCCGUAACAUCUCCCGAGACGAGAUGCACAUGCCCACCACCAUGGAGGACUUUGAGUCUUCUCUGAAGAAAGUGUCCAAGUCUGUGUCAGCUUCUGACCUGGAGAAGUAUGAGAAGUGGAUUGAAGAGUUUGGCUCCUGCUGAAAGUUAAUCAGGAAGCCUGCAGCACCUCCAAUCUGCAGAGGAAUUAGUAGGAGGCUCAGUAUAUGUUCUGGGAACAAUACUUUAACUCAUGUCUUCCUUUUCUUUGUAAAUGAUUUCUAUUUUAGGCUAGGUGAUGCGACAUGCCUUAAAGUAGGGUAACCAACUGCUUCUCUUGGUAAAUGUCCUCCUGGAUACAGUCCAUAUACCACACCCAGGGGUGCCUUGUACUGAUUAUAAACAGGUUAUCAACAUAAAUAGAAUGCUAAACAUUUAUAUUUAUGUCAUACCGGUGGUAUAGUCUGAUAUACACAUGGUUGAAAUGCUGUUUCAGCCAAUCAACAUCCAGGACUCAAACUACAUGGUUUACAAUAUGCAAUUAGUCAGCCUCGUGGGCAUAACAAAAUUGGUAGAAAACAUUCCCAGAUUCGUGUUCAAUAGGUUUUAUUAUGGGUCCACAGAGCUAAUCCUAUAAUCCUUACUAUAUUUGCCUUGAACAAAUUUUGCUACCAAAGUAUCCAGUGUCUUUGGGUUUGAUCUGGUGAUGUGCUUUUGGGAUAUCUGUUAAUCAAAGUUACACUACCUGAAACUGUUUAUUAUAUGCACUUUAUUUGAUUUUCUUAAUGUGUAUUUAGGUGACUACCUGGUUCAAAUUUGAAUAUAUAUACAUGCAUAAACACUAAGAAUUUUGUUAAUCAAGUUUAAAGUAAAAUAUGACUUGCAUUGACAAGGCUUCCAUGUGCUUUGUGUAGACUUGAGUGAAUGUCACAAGAACAUUUACAGAAACAUUUUUAUUGAGCAGGAUUUGGGAAUACAAUGUACAGUUUGAUUUGAAUGAAAAAUACAUGAUGCACACAUGCCAUGCUCCCAUGCGUUUAGUAAAACACAAGAUUGAAAUUGAAUUGAGGCACCAUAGAAGCAAAAUGUAAAAUAACUAAGUUCUAAUUCACCCACUCAAGUUCAAAUCAGCAUGCAGUUUCAUUGACAGCUAACUGCAUUCCAUACUAUGGCUACUAAGUCAAUGUGCCAGGGCCCCAUAUGUCAACCAUGAGCCUAAUCUUGAGAAUCACAUUGAUACAAUUUUAUUUUGCUCAUGCCUAGCCUGCUUUGAGGCAAACCAGCCAAUACGCUAUUGGCAGAGGAGUAGGUUUGACUAUUCUUAGACUAAAGUGUAGCUUCAGAUGUCUAUGUUGAUAGUGCACGGCCAUUGCGAGUAAUUCACAUUGCAGAGAACAUCCAUUGUCAUUCACUCAUAUUGCAAAGAACAUCCAGUAACCAUAUUCAUACAUUUCAAGGUAUAAAGCAGUAUAUUCAGAGUGAACAGAAAUGGACUGUAUAGACAGGACACUCUAAAGCAGUUAAUGUCUGUUCUAUACUUUCCAGGUCUAUCUGCAAUGUUCUAUGACAGAGAUCAUUCAGCUACAGGAACUAACUGCCAUCUGUCUAUCAAUUGAAAUGGUUGGAAUGAGAUCUAUUUGCUCAGUCUCUGUUCAACACUGCACUCAUAAUGUUGGGUGCAAGACUAGGACCGCAGGCCCGUCAAGUUCAGACAAAAUGUAAUACCAACGUAAAAAUGUUUUGUUGACAUUUUACAACAAAUGCAUUGGUGAGGCUCUGACAAUAUUAUGCACUGGUUCAAAUACAGUAAAUAAAAACUGUCUUAUGAUUUAAAGUUGCAUGCAAACAAACACCAAAUCUUCAAUUCAAUCCUCCAGUCAGAAUGAUAAAAUAUGAAAUGAGCAAUCAAAAAUAAACCAAUAGGAAGUCAGUGUUUCAUAAUGCAAAGUAGAAUGGUUACAGAGGCACUGUGAGGUAACACAAUCAUAAUAUGAAAAGUAAUGCAGUAUGCAGCUCUGCUUCCACUAGUAACAUUUCAGAUUCCUUCUUUGAGAGGAGGGUAUAAUGUUUGAGAAAUAAAGCUAAACAUGUUAUGUUUGCAA